AUGUCCCGGCUAAGCUAUUCCGAAACGACGAUCAAUGCGUCUAAAGCUAAAAGAGAGAAUGUAGUGACGAGGCUAGUAGAUUCUAUCUUUAACGAAGUCGUUUACAUGACUUUGCUUGGUACUGUUGAUUGUGGGAUCGAAUACGGCUUAGGAGCUAUGGAAAAUGUAACGUAUGAUUGGUUCUCCAUUUCUCCUUUCUCUACGUCCGAUUCAGGUUCUAAAGGUUAG